CCCCCUAGCGCCGUGCUGGGGUACUGGUGUCAGGGCUGACUCUGAGGUGAGAGCGCCCCCUGCUGCUGACUUCAGCACCCAGGUUUUCUUUGAGUGUCUCCCGGCCCAGCACUGACCAGGCCAAGCCCGAUUAGAGACCUGCUGAGCUGACACCUGCGGGGCCUGGUGCAGAGCUGCUGCUAAUGGGCUGUGAUUCUCUCCCUCCAGACUGACAGCAACGGCUGCUUUUCCACAGAGGUGAUGACGGCUCCCUUCAACCUGACCUACUCUGGCUACGACAUGAGCCUCCAGGCCAAGGCGUCUCUCGUGGAGGAGGGGACAGGGGUGGAGCUCAAUGUGACCAAGAGCUGUGACAUCAUGUCUGAAAUCGCUACAGUGACCUUUGAGGAUGCUGAUGAUACCUACAAGGCUGGAUUCCCCUACACUGGCAAGAUGCUCCUGAAGGCGGCAGAUGGCUCUGCGCUGAAGAAUGAGAAGCUGCAGCUCUUUGUUAGCUAUGGAGAUAAGAAUAAGAACCAGACCUUCCUGACUGACGAGUCUGGCAGAGCCUCCUUCGAGCUGGACACCUCUGGCUGGACCAGGAGGGUCACUCUGAGGGGGUGCUUCAAGCAGGUGUAUCACAGCUUUGUGUAUGGGAGAGUCUCUCCCAGUUAUCUGGAUGCCCAUCGUAACCUGGAGCCCUUCUACUCCAAGAGCCAGAGUUUCCUGAAGAUCCGCUCGCUGGGAGGGGUGCUGCCCUGCGACCAGGCCCAGCAGCUCCAGGUGGAUUACGUCAUUGCUAGGGAGGCCCUGGGGAAGGGGUCCAGGAGCCUGGAUUUCAUCUUCCUGGUCGUGGCCAAGGGAGCCAUCGCCAGGAUCAUCCACAAGGGGCUGGACCUCAGGGUGGGGGCUGGGCUGAAGGGCUCCUUCUCUGUGGAGCUGCCCGUCGGCGCUGACCUGGCGCCCGCUGCCAAGGUGCUGGGUUACACGGUGCUGCCCGAUGGUGAGAUGGCUGCCGACCGCGCCCGUCUGCACAUGGCCAAGUGCCUCCCGAACAAGGUGAAGCUGGCCUUCUCGCAGGACCGGGCCCUGCCGGGCUCAGAGCUCCAGCUGCGGGUGCAGGCUGCUCCCGGGUCCCUGUGCGCCGUCCGCGCCGUGGAUCAGAGCGUGCUGCUCAUGAAGCCCGAGGCCGAGCUCAGCGUCCACAUGGCCUAUAACCUGCUCCCCGAUUUUCCCCAAGGAGGCUAUCCUGACGCAGUGCAAGAGCCUGAGCCAUGUUAUGAUCCUCCCCAGCCUCAAGCUCCAGUUCAUCACUGCCGCGCCUUAGGUGACCAGUGGAGGUGUCGCAGAGGGACUAGCAGCUGGACUCCCCCUCGGCAUGAUGCCUACCACCUGUUUAAGGAUGCGGCUUUGAAAAUUCUCACCAACACCAACACCAAGGAGCCCUGUGAACAUAAACACUUUAUAACACGUCGUGCUGUCCUAACCUCGCCUGUCUGGUGGGGCCCCGCAUUGUCCUCACCAGUCAUGACCCCUGAGAACAUGGAGGCAAGUGUAGAUAGUGCAGCAGCGACCCCAGUGAGCAAUGCCCGGCCCGUGCCGGAACCCAGCACCCAGGAGGAGCCAGCGCCACGUGCGUAUUUCCCAGAGACAUGGCUGUGGGACCUGGUGCCUGUGGGUGAGGUGGGUUCCAAGGACAUCCCAGUCUCGGUGCCCGACACCAUCACGGAGUGGAAAGCUGGGAUGUUCUGCACGGCCGAGGUGGGCUUUGGGCUCUCCGCCAUGGCCACCUUCACGGCCUUCAAACCCUUCUUUGUGGAGCUGGCCUUGCCGUACUCCGUGAUCCGGGGAGAGGCCUUCGCCCUAAAGGCCACCGUCUUCAACUACCUGCAGCAGUGCAUCCAGGUGCGAGUGACGCUGGCAGAGUCUGCGCAGUUCCAGGUGCUGGCGGGCGAGGACGGCGCCUACACCAGCUGCCUCUGUGCAGACGAAGGGAAAACCUUCCAGUGGGAGGUGACGGCGAGCAGCCUGG